CGUAAGGACACGUGUCAGACCAAUAUAGGUGGUGCCGGUUUACAGGCUGGCGUCAGAUAGCCCAGUUUGAGCUUUAGGUGCGGAGGCUUUUGUAACGAAGGCUUUUGAUAAUUCCGCAGUUGGCCGUCUCCACAGGCGAUGGUGCGGACGCGGCUUGUGCUGGCGGCGGGCUGCCUCCUGGCCGCCCUCACUGUCUGCGGCGGAGUGGCCGUCAUGUCCAUUGACCUCGGCGCUGAGUGGGUCAAGGUCGGCGUCGUGUCGCCGGGCGUGCCGCUGGACAUCGCGCUGAACCGGGAGUCGAAGCGCAAGACGCCGGCGGCAGUGGCGCUGCGCGACGGCGAGCGCAUCUUCGGCGAGGACGCGCUGACGACGGCCGUGCGCUUCCCGGCGCUGGGCUACCAGUACCUGCUGCCGCUGGCCGGCAAGCUGCUGACCAACCCGGCCGUGCAGCGCUUCGCCGCCCGCUUCCCGCACUACCAGCUGGAGAAGGACGCAGGCCGCGGCACCGUCCUCUUCCGGCAUGACGCCGAGACCACGUUUUCGGUGGAGGAGCUGCUGUCGAUGAUCCUGACGCAGGCGCGGCAGACCGCCUCCGAGCACACGCACCAGACGGUGACGGACGCCGUCAUCACGGUGCCGGCCUUCUUCAACCAGGCGGAGCGGCGCGCCGUGCUGACGGCGGCGGGCCUGGCCGGCGUCAAGGUGCUCCAGCUGAUGAAUGACAACGCCGCAGUGGCGCUCAACUACGGCAUGUUCCGACGCAACGACUUCAACGCCACGGCCCAGUACAUCCUGUUCUACGACAUGGGCGCGGAGAGCACGUCCGCCACGCUGGUCGGCUAUCAGCUGGUGAAGACCAAGGACCGCGGCAUCUCGGAGACCAACCCGCAGCUGCAGAUCCUGGGAUACGCGUACGACCGCACCCUUGGCGGACUCGAGAUGACUAUGCGGCUGCAGCAACACCUGGCCAAGGUGUUCACCAACACUAAGAAGACCAAGGAGGAUGUGUAUGCCAGUCCGCGCGCCAUGGCCAAGCUGCUGAAGGAGGCGGAGCGCGUCAAGAAGAUCCUGAGUGCCAACGCCGAGACGACGGCUCAGGUGGAAGGCCUGCUGGACGAGGAGGACUUCCGCCACGCCGUCAGCCGGGCCGAGUUUGAAGAGCUCUGCGCUGACCUCUUCACGCGCAUCACUGAGCCGCUGGAGACGGCCGUCAAGUCUGCAGGCGUGGAACUGAGCCAGGUGGACCAGCUGAUCCUGGCGGGAGCGGCCACGCGCGUGCCCCGGGUGCAGGAGGCGCUGCAGGCGCGCUGGGGCCGCGAGCUCGGCAAGUCAAUCAACACGGACGAGGCGGCUGCCCUCGGCGCCGUGUACCGCGCCGCCGACCUUAGCACCGGCUUCAAGGUCAUGAAGUUCCACGUCAAGGACUACGUCAUGCUGCCGAUCGGCGUGGACUUCGAGCGGGAGGCGGAGGAGCACGGCGAGGCCUCGCGCCGCAAGGUGCACCGCAACCUCUUCACCCACGGCAACCCCUACCCGCAGAAGAAGGUCAUCACGUUCAACCGCAGCCAGCAGGACUUCGGCUUCACCGUUAACUACGGCGACCUCGGCCACCUGGCCGAGGAGGAGAUCAAGGUGGUGGACGGCCUGAACCUGUCGUACGUGCUGCUGGACGGCGUGGCGGACGUGUACGCCGACCACUCCGGCGAAGGCGUCGAAUCCAAGGGCCUCAAGGUGCACUUCCACAUGGGCGACAGCGGUUUGCUGAACCUGACCGGCGUCGAGGCCGUGUUCGAGAAAACGUCGACGGCGCCCGACGACGAGGACGAGUCGACCCUCUCCAAGCUGAGCAGCGCCUUCAGUAACCUGUUCAGCGGCGACGAGGGUAAGGACGAGAAGGACGGCAAGGUUGAGGAAACUGAGGGAGCGACGGACCAGGCUGAGAAGAAGGCAGACACCAAAAAGGAGGAUGCCAAGAAGGAAGUCCCGAAGAACAAGACAGCUGAAAAGGACGUCAACAAGACGGCUGAAGUGAAAGACGAAAAGCCGAAGAUAAGGGUGGUUAAAGUGCCGAUCAAGUUCAAAAUUACGAACCUGAACGUCCACGAGCUACAGGGAGAAGCUUUAGAGAAAUCGGCACAGAAGAUCGCUGACCUGGACGAGCAGGACCGGCAGCGGAAACGGCGCGAGCAGGCCCGCAACGCGCUCGAGUCGUUCACCAACGACGUCCAGAUGCGGCUGUACGAGGAGCUGUACGAGUCGGCCUCCACCGAGGAGGAGCGCGACACCAUCCGGCAGAAGGCUAGCGAGAUGAGUGACUGGCUUUACGAGGAGGGCUUCCACGAGACGGCCGCCGUGUUCGAGGAAAAGCUGGAGGAGAUGAAGAAGCUGACCAAGGCCCUGUUUGACCGCGUCGAGGAGCACAAGAGCCGGCCGGAGGCCGUGCAGGCGCUGAAGGACAUCCUCAACGUCACGAACCACUUCCUCACCUCGGCCGACACCAGCGUCAAGGAGGGCGUCAUCGUCGAGUCCGACAUCUCCGCGCUCAAGAAGAUGUUGAACGCCUCCAAGGAGUGGCUGAAGUCGAAAACGAAGGAGCAGGAUAAGACGCCGCUGACCCAGACACCAAAACUAAAGAUCAAGGCCAUGGCCGAUAAAUAUUUGAGCCUAGACAAAGAAAUAAAGUACGUGGUGACCAAGAUCAAGGUGGGUACGGCCAAGAAGAUGCGGGAGGAGGCGGAUCUCAAGAUCAAGGAAGCAGCCGCCAAGGCGGAGGAGGAGCUCAAAAAGGCGAAGAAAGACGCAGAGGGCGCCACGAACGACACGGAGGGAGCCGACCAGGCAUCCGACCAGGCCGAAGGCGCCGCCCCCGCGCCCGCCGAGGGCGCCACCCCGACGCCCCUCGAAGGCGCCACCCCGGCGCCCGCCGAGGGCGCCACACCGGCGCCGGUGGACGGCGCCACGGCGGUGCCCGAGGGGCAGGCGCCAGGCGCCGGGCCGGCCGCCGACGGCGACGCAUCCGAAGAGAACGACCCUGAGUCGGACAAGAGGAAAGAUGCGGAGGACGACCACUCGGAGCUGUAGCGGUAACUCUAAAUAGGUGGUUAGCCGGCGGCGGAGGCCCCGGUCCCGGCCUGGCGCCCGGGCGAACCGGGCCGCCGCUUGCCCCGCUCCCGAUCGUGCCGAGGCACGCGGACGCACCGCCGCCCGGCCGGCCAGGGCUGCCGGGGCUGAACGUCCCGCUCUACCGUCCGAAUCUCAGCUGACCGGGGGUGCGGUGUGGGGCAGGCGGGGCCGGUCCUAGGGCGACGCCGGCCGUGGAACGUGUGGUUCUUUAGUUGGAUGCCGUUACUGAAAGGUUUACGUGGACUGAUUGGGGUGAGUUCGGAUCAUUUGAUGCGUGUUACUAUUUAUUUGUUGUCGGUUAUGUUCACAUUCCAAGCUCAAGGCUCGAUUUUCUUCGAGGUGCCUGGUGUGUUAAAAUCGUGCGGGUGGGGGAUGGGUGUAGGACGGACUGAGUUACCAAACCGGUCGGUGAGGUGCUGCACGAAACUGCGGUCGCAUCAUGUAUUGGUCGCGCGACCCCCAGGUUUUCCCGCAGGUCUCUUGUCGCGUCCGCUAGCGACUGUGUCUCAAAUGCAUGCUUCGCGGCACCGUGAUAAUCACCUGUCUAUUCCGCUGUCUCUGCGCAUUUGGGUCAUCGAAGCCAGGCUUCGGUGGCCGAGACGGUGAGCGAACUGCGCGGAUCGAUGCCGGGCAGUAAGCUGGAAGCUCUACUCGGACGUCACUUUGAACUCCGCAGUCUCCAAAAGUGAAACAGCACUGGCAUUGUCUACAUGAUGCAGCCGCAUUUUGAGGACUAUAAAUAAAGCACCAACAACACAGUC